CACCAAUUUUUCUAAGAAAAAAAUUCUGGAAAGCUCCAAGGUUGUAAACAAUACCCAAAUUAUUUCAAAAUGGCACCUCCAACAAAUCAACGAAAGCGCAAAGCUGUUACCCGAGAUUUACCUGAGAUAUCCGAUGUGGAAUCUGAAGCAGAAUUUGGUGAUGGAAUUUUAGAAGGAAUCUUGUCGCAAAGUGAAGAUGAAUCCGACGACAGCGCCGCGGAGGAGGAUAGUGAAGACGAAGAAGAUUUGGAUGAGGGGGAACUCGAUGCAUUGGACAGUGACGAGGUACCCUCAGAGAAUGGCGAAGGAGAGGAAUCUGAGACAGGAGCUGCCCUCAGCAAGAACAGUGUUGGUGAAGACGAUGAUAAGCCCAACUACACUGUGGUAAAGGACGCCAAUGGAGGAGAACGUUACGUUUAUGAAGAGAUAGACCCUGUGUACGACUCAGAUGAUUCGGAUGCUCAAGAGCCAAAUAAUACUAUUGGAAAUAUCCCACUGUCUUUUUACGAUUCUUAUCCUCAUAUUGGAUAUGAUAUCAAUGGAAAGAAAAUUAUGCGACCUGCGAAGGGUGAAGCACUUGAUGCAUUGCUAGACAGUAUCGAUAUACCGAAGGGAUGGACAGGCCUUACUGAUCCUUCUACGGGUAAACCUCUCAACUUGACUCAAGAGGAAUUGGAGGUUUUGCGCAGGAUACAAACAAAUGAGGCUCCUGAAGAUGGCUACGAUCCAUAUCCUGUAAGCACUUUUUGCGGUAUUUGUAUUGUGUUAUAGGACUGACUUUAUAUAGGAUUAUGUUCCAUAUUUCAGCGGUAUCGAGGAGAUUAUGCCUUUGAGCUCAGCUCCCGAGCCCAAACGACGUUUCUUGCCAUCCAAACAUGAAGCCAAACGAGUUAUGAAGAUAGUCCGAGCCAUUCGAGAAGGUAGAAUCCUACCAUACCGACCACCACAAGAGCGCGAAGAAGAGGAAGAGGAAUAUCAUUACGACAUAUGGCAGAACGAGGAGGCUCAACCAGAUCAUAUCAUGAAAAUCCCAGCUCCAAAGCCACCUCCACCUGGUUAUGAUCUUAGUUACAAUCCACCUCCGGAGUAUCUCCCAUCUAAGGCAGAGAGAAAGGAAUGGGAAGCUACAGAUCCUGAGGAUAGAGAAAAGGAGUAUCUACCAACUGCAUAUGACUCUUUACGGAAGGUUCCAGGAUAUGACAAGUUUAUUAAUGAGAGGUUCGAACGUUCGCUUGAUCUCUAUUUGGCACCGCGCGUUCGUAAAAAUAGGCUAAACAUCGAUCCUGCUUCUUUACUGCCAAAGUUGCCAAAGCCCGAAGAACUUAAACCUUUCCCAACCAUCACGCAGACACUUUUCCGCGGUCACGAAGGUAGAGUGCGAAGUUUGGCUAUCGAUCCUUCGGGAACAUGGUUGGCAAGCGGUGGUGAUGAUGGCACUGUCCGUGUCUGGGAACUUCUAACCGGAAAGCAACUUUGGAGUGCACAAAUAGGAGACGAGGAGGCAGUCAACGUUGUGAGGUGGCGCCCAGCAAAAGAUGCCAUCAUACUUUCAGCUGCAGCUGGGGAGGAUAUAUUUCUUAUGGUACCCACUAUAAUUGACCCUGUUGCUGAAAGUAAUAGCCGAGAGCUACUGGAUGCUGGGUUUGGUUAUGCAACAAAUGCGACUCAAGCACUCACAGCAAACGGGCAAAAGAAAGAGCCUGUGGCAACCUGGGCUCGUCCUAGCUCACGUCUACAAGAUGAAGGUGUACUGAUCAAGAUCACGGUUAGAUCUACGGUCAAAGUCAUUACCUGGCACAGAAGAGGUGACUUCUUUUCUUCUGUAUCUCCAACGGCCCAAAAGUCCGCCGUCGCGAUUCACACACUUUCGAAACACCUCACGCAAAUUCCCUUCAGACGUCUUCCCGGUAUCGCACAAACUGCUCAAUUCCAUCCAUCUCGACCCAUUUUCUUCGUUGCCACUCAACGCACAAUCCGCAGUUACGACUUACAAAAACAGGAAUUGGUCAAAAUCAUUCAACCCGGUGCUCGUUGGAUCUCCUCUUUUGAUAUUCAUCCCGGAGGCGAUAAUCUCAUUGUUGGUUCUUAUGAUCGUCGUCUCUUGUGGCAUGAUCUCGACCUUUCUACUCGCCCAUACAAGACCAUGCGUUUCCAUAACAAAGCUAUUCGAGCUGUGAAAUACCACAAAGGUGGACUUCCAUUAUUCGCUGAUGCUAGUGAUGAUGGUAGUUUGCAAAUUUUCCACGGAAAGGUUGUGAGUGAUGCUAUGGAGAAUGCUACUAUCGUACCAGUGAAGGUUUUGAAAGGGCACAAGGUCAAGAGUGCCUUGGGUGUUAUGGAUGUGGACUGGCAUCCAAAGGAGCCAUGGCUCGUCAGUGCUGGUGCAGAUGGUACGUGCAGGUUGUGGACUUAAUAAGGCGGUGUUCAAAAACGGAGUAUGAAGGUGUUUAAAAGGUUGUCUUGAGGUUCUGUUAGAUAUCAUUGGUAGAAAAAGCAUGAAGAAUUUGAUAAUUUUACAACUGAUCGCAUUUUCAUCUCGUCCUAUUUGGCUUCUCGAAUCAGAACUUGGAAUUGUCAAAUGC